AUGGUUUGGUCACUUUUCAGCCUCCGAUUAUACAGUAGGCCUAUGUUAAUAUGAAAUUAUUAUAGAAAUAUGCUUUUUUAUAUAGAAUCGGAUCAACUGACUAUAUUCCAUUAUCAAAAAGUGACGGCAAAAACGCUUUAUCAAUUGCCUCUGUUCCUCUAACUCAGGAAGACCAAAAGUGCGCUGGCGACGUUUUACACAGAGAAUUUAAUUUUAGAAUAUGAACGGACAUGUUGAAUGUUGUCAAUAUGUUUCCUAUGAGAUACAUAUUUCAUGGACUUGCAGUAUAUUUCUUGUUAUUUUUGUGCGUCAAAUGGGCAAUACACUUAACUGCAAUAUUUUAUGGGAAAUGGAAGCUUCAUCGGAAAACAGUUCCACCAUCGUCGGAAGUCCCGUGGCCGGGAGUUUCAAUAAUCAAGCCGCUGAUGUGGGUCGAUCCCAACCUCUACAGUAAUCUGGAAACGUUCUUCACGCAGGACUAUCCUAAAUUCGAAAUUCUGCUGUGCGUGGAGGAGGAGAGCGACCCGGCGACCAUGGUCGCGCGCCGGCUCAUGAGCAAGUACCCGAGCGUGGAGUGCAGGCUGUUCACGCGCGCAGCCGCCGUCGGCGUCAACCCCAAGAUCAACAACAUGCAGCCGGGCUACGCCGCGUCCCGCUACGAGCUGGUGCUCAUCUCGGACAGCAGCGUGCGCAUGAAGGCGGACACGCUGCGGGACAUGGCGUCGCGCAUGACGGGCCAGGUGGGGCUGGUGCACCAGCUGCCCUUCACGUGCGACGGGGCGGGCUUCGCGGCGGCCCUCCAGAAGAUCUACUUCGGCACGGUCCAGGCGAGGAUCUACCUGGCCUCCGACUUCCUGGGCAUAGCCUGCCACAUCGGCAUGUCGUCGCUGGUGCGCAAGGAGCUGCUGGAGGAGGCGGGCGGCCUGGCGGCGUUCGGCCGCUACCUGGCCGAGGACUUCUUCCUGGGCCGCUGGGUGGUGGGGCGCGGCUGGCGCACCUGCGUGAGCGGCCAGCCCGCCUGGCAGAACCCGGGCGCGUGCGAGGUGUCGGGCUUCCUGGCGAGGCUCACCCGGUGGGCCAAGCUGCGCGCCGCCAUGGUGCCCGUCACCAUCCUCGUGGAGCCGCUGUCCGAGUGCGCGGUGCUGGGGGUGUGCGCCUCGUGGGGCGCGGCCCGCCUGCUCGGCGCCGACCCCUGCGGCUUCUACCUCGUGCACGCGCUGGUGUGGCUGCUGCUCGACUGGGCGCUGCUCUCCGUCGUGCAGAACGGCGCGCUGCCCUUCGGCAAGCUGGAGUUCGUGACGGCGUGGCUGUUCCGCGAGCUGAGCAGCCCGUGCGUGUACGUGCGCGCGCUGUGCAGCCCGACUGUGACUUGGCGGGCGAGGAGCUUCAGGCUGCGGUGGGGCGGCGAGGCGGAGCAGCUGGUCUCCCGAGUCUAGGCGCCGGUCGCCACCUCUUGUACCACUUGCAAAUUACACCUGCGUGCACAACCCUU